ACAGAUUAAUAUUAAUAUCAAUCACAUUUAAAUCAAAACCAGUCAUGAUCAGAAGAAAAUACAAAUGUUUAGCACAUGAUCAGAAUAACCAGUGAAACUGACAGCAUACAUGCACUCAAAAUGCCAUCGUACAUACACACACUCCACUCUAGCUGACAUUCCUUUCCCAGACAGUCAAAACUCCCAAGUGCCCAAGCAGAACUGGAGCCAACUGCUGUGCCAGUACACCAAAAUGUCUUUAAACACCAAGAUGAAAUCUUCAGAUGCUUGUAUCAACAGUCACUGGCCAUUUUCAUGAACAACCAUAUUGGGAACAACUAAGAGAUUUCAGUGAUGGGUUCAGACUGUGGUUCCUCAUGAUCCCUCAUUAACUAAACUUAGAGCCUGGUGCUGACAGCUGAAUCAGGACCUGUUCCAUUCACCUCCAGAAGUAGCGGAGAGAUAACAAAACCCAGAGCAGUAAGAGAGAGAGUGAGUGAGUGAGAGAAAAAGAGAGAAAGGGAGAAAGGGCUGGUGCUGUAUCCACAACCGUUCAUUCUCAGAGCAGAGAGCACCACAUGGGUCAGUCAGCGCCUGGGGAAAAACCCAAACAAAAUACUGCCUGGGAACUGAGGAACACAUCUGAGAGAGAGUGAGAGAGGGGGAGGAGAACAAGAAGAAGGACAGAGAGAGGGAUGAGAGGACACUACAAAUGCUUUUGAAGUUGAACUUAGCAAAACACAACAAAGAGAAAAGAAAAACAGAGACCCAAACUGUACACCCUCUCUCGUGUCAGACAGAGUGCAGGAGUGUUUGCUGCAUUUUUACUGAAUGGAGCUGAAUCCACACACGCACUGAGGACACUGUAAACUUCUGACCGACUUCAAACAGACCAAAGCUUCAAUCUGCAGAGGAUUCAAAUCUCAGAAAGAGAAAGAAGAUGCUGCGGGGGCUGUUCAGUCGGCGCAGACUGAAGCAUGAGCGACUGGAGGAGGAAGUAGAGGUGCGGUUCAAAGGAAAGCUUGUGUCGGAGAGAGAGCUGGGCUACACAUUUGUGCGGCCAGGAGGCUCCAACUAUUCCAGUCCGUCGUUGGCUCCAGUCCCCAGUCUGAAUGAGGACGAGCGAGUGGGGGGCGGGGGUGGGGUGUUGGGUCUUGCACCUGAACACAUUCCCACCCCUGGCGCCCCCCUUAGCUGGCAGGCAGCCAUUGACGCGGCACGGCAGGCCAAGCUGAUGGGCACCACCGGAGCCCCGAUCUCCACCGUGAGCUCCACACAGCGCAAACGCCAGCACUACACCAAACCCAAGAAACAGGCCAGCACUGCCUCCACACGCCCACCCCGAGCCCUUCUCUGCCUCACUCUUAAAAACCCCAUCCGCAGGGCGUGCAUCAAUAUCGUGGAAUGGAAACCGUUUGAAAUCAUAAUUUUGAUGACUAUUUUUGCAAACUGUGUGGCCUUAGCUGUCUACAUCCCUUUCCCUGAGGAUGAUUCCAACGCAACCAACUCAAACCUGGAACGGGUGGAGUAUCUCUUUCUGAUUAUUUUUACGGUGGAAGCAUUUCUGAAAGUUAUUGCAUACGGGCUGCUGUGUCACCCAAAUGCGUACCUGCGGAAUGGCUGGAACCUGUUGGAUUUCAUCAUUGUGGUGGUAGGGCUCUUUAGUGCAAUAUUAGAGCAGGCCACUAAAGGUGACGGUGGGACUUCAAUGGGAGGCAAGGCUGCAGGGUUUGAUGUAAAAGCCCUGCGAGCCUUUAGAGUGUUAAGACCUCUGAGACUCGUGUCUGGAGUACCUAGUUUACAGGUGGUGCUGAACUCCAUCAUUAAAGCCAUGGUUCCCCUCCUGCACAUCGCUCUGCUCGUUCUGUUCGUCAUCAUCAUUUAUGCCAUCAUCGGCCUCGAGCUCUUCAUGGGCAAGAUGCACAGAACCUGUUUUUUCCUCAAAGGUCCUAUUUCUGAAGAGAAGCCGGCCCCCUGCGCCCCAAGCACUGCCCAUGGACGACACUGCUACCCACCCAACAUAACGGAGUGCAAGAUGGGAUGGGAGGGUCCAAAUGAUGGAAUCACGAACUUUGAUAACUUUGCAUUUGCCAUGCUGACUGUGUUUCAAUGCAUCACGAUGGAGGGCUGGACUGACGUCCUGUACUGGGUGAAUGAUGCUGUAGGGAAUUCCUGGCCGUGGCUUUAUUUUGUCACUUUAAUCAUCAUUGGCUCCUUUUUUGUUCUUAAUUUGGUUCUUGGGGUUUUAAGCGGAGAGUUCUCUAAAGAGCGAGAAAAGGCCAAAGCUCGCGGCGAUUUCCAGAAGCUCCGUGAGAAGCAGCAACUGGAGGAGGAUCUAAAGGGCUACCUGGACUGGAUCACGCAGGCGGAGGAUAUCGACCCUGAGAAUGACGACGAGGGACUGGAUGACGACAAGCCUAGAAAUCUGAGUAUGCCGGCCAGUGAAAAUGAGUCAGUGAACACUGAUAAUGCUCCAGCUGGAGACAUGGAAGGAGAGACCUGCUGUACCCGCAUGGCAAAUAGGAUCUCCAAAUCCAAAUUCAGUCGAUAUUCACGUCGGUGGAAUCGGUUAUGUCGGCGCAAGUGCCGCGCAGCAGUGAAGUCGAAUGUGUUCUACUGGCUGGUGAUUUUCCUGGUAUUUUUGAACACACUUACCAUUGCCUCAGAGCACCACAAGCAGCCAGACUGGCUCACCAAUGUACAAGACAUCGCCAAUAAGGUGUUGCUGGCUCUUUUUACCGGUGAGAUGCUGCUGAAGAUGUACAGCCUGGGCCUACAGGCAUAUUUCGUCUCCCUUUUUAACCGCUUCGACAGUUUUGUGGUGUGCGGUGGGAUUCUGGAGACCAUCCUGGUGGAGACCAAGAUCAUGUCACCCCUCGGCAUCUCUGUGCUGCGCUGCGUACGUCUGCUCCGCAUCUUCAAGAUCACCAGGUACUGGAACUCUCUCAGUAAUCUGGUGGCAUCUCUGCUGAACUCAGUGCGUUCGAUUGCAUCCCUGCUUCUGCUGCUCUUCCUGUUCAUCAUCAUCUUCAGUCUGCUCGGAAUGCAGCUCUUUGGUGGCAAGUUCAACUUCGAUGAGACACGCCGCAGCACCUUUGAUAAUUUCCCCCAGUCUCUCCUCACCGUCUUUCAGAUUUUGACCGGUGAGGACUGGAACUCUGUGAUGUAUGAUGGCAUCAUGGCGUAUGGAGGGCCCUCCUUUCCUGGCAUGCUCGUCUGCAUUUAUUUCAUCAUCCUCUUCAUCUGUGGAAACUACAUCCUCCUAAAUGUCUUCUUGGCCAUUGCCGUGGACAACCUGGCAGACGCCGAGAGUCUGACAUCAGCACAGAAAGAGGAAGAGGAGGAGAAAGAGAGGAAGAAACUGGCCAGAACGGCUAGUCCCGAGAAGCGCCAGGAAUCUGAGAAACCACCUCUGGAGGAUGAAAAGAAAGAGGAAAAGAUUGAACUAAAAUCCAUCACCUCUGAUGGAGAGACACCAACUGCCACCAAGAUCAACAUAGAUGAGUACACAGGGGAGGAGAACGAGGAGAAGAAUCCAUAUCCUGUGAACGAUUUCCCAGGAGAGGAGGAUGAGGAAGAGCCAGAGAUGCCAGUAGGUCCUCGUCCACGUCCACUCUCUGACAUUCAGCUGAAGGAGAAAGCCGUCCCCAUGCCAGAAGCCAGAGCUUUCUUUAUUUUCAGCCCCAGUAACAAGUUCAGGGUUUUGUGUCAUAAGAUUGUAAACCACAACAUCUUCACCAAUUUAAUCCUGUUCUUUAUACUGCUGAGCAGUAUUUCACUGGCAGCGGAGGACCCAGUGAACAAUGACUCAUUCAGGAAUCGGAUUCUAGGCUAUGCAGAUUACGUGUUUACAGGAAUCUUCACCAUAGAGAUCAUAUUAAAGAUGACAGCGUAUGGAGCGUUCCUACAUAAGGGUUCAUUUUGUCGAAAUUAUUUUAAUAUUUUGGAUCUGGUGGUGGUCAGUGUGUCUCUGAUCUCCUCUGGAAUUCAGUCAAGUGCCAUUAAUGUAGUGAAGAUUCUCAGAGUGCUGAGGGUAUUAAGGCCCCUGAGAGCAAUCAACAGAGCCAAGGGCCUCAAACAUGUGGUCCAGUGUGUGUUUGUAGCCAUCCGCACCAUUGGGAAUAUCGUCAUCGUCACCUCUUUGCUGCAGUUCAUGUUUGCCUGUAUUGGUGUUCAACUCUUCAAGGGCAAAUUCUUCUACUGCACAGACACCUCUAAACAGACACAGGCCGAGUGCAGGGGGUCAUACAUAUUGUACAAGGAUGGGAAUGUUGGGAAGCCAGAGAAAGCUCUGCGUUCAUGGGAGAAUAGUGACUUCAACUUUGAUGAUGUCCUGCAGGGCAUGAUGGCUCUGUUUGCUGUGUCCACUUUUGAGGGUUGGCCAGCGCUCCUCUACAGAGCCAUUGACUCCCAUACAGAGGAUGUUGGGCCAAUCUACAACUACCGUGUGGUCAUCUCUAUAUUCUUCAUCAUCUACAUCAUCAUCAUCGCCUUCUUCAUGAUGAACAUAUUUGUAGGUUUCGUCAUUGUGACAUUUCAGGAGCAGGGAGAGCAAGAGUACAAAAACUGUGAGCUGGACAAGAACCAGCGUCAGUGUGUGGAAUAUGCCCUGAAGGCUCGUCCCCUGCGCAGGUACAUCCCCAAGAACCCGUAUCAGUACAAGGUUUGGUACGUGGUGAACUCCACCUACUUUGAGUACCUGAUGUUCACCCUCAUUCUUCUCAACACCAUUUGCCUGGCCAUGCAGCAUCAUGGUCAAUCUCAGUCCUUCAACAAAGCCAUGAAUAUCCUCAAUAUGUUGUUCACCGGCCUCUUCACUGUGGAAAUGAUCCUCAAACUCAUCGCCUUCAAACCCAGGGGUUACUUUAGUGACCCCUGGAAUGUUUUUGACUUCCUCAUCGUAAUUGGCAGCAUUAUAGACGUCAUUCUGAGUGAGAUCAACCAUUAUUUUGUUGAUGCAUGGAACACGUUUGAUGCCCUUAUUGUAGUGGGUAGUGUUGUUGAUAUAGCCAUCACAGAGGUUAACCCAGCUGACCCCUCCUCCUCUCCCCCCUCCUCUGUGGUAAGACCAAUGGGCCUCCAAAGCACUGAAGAUAACGCCAGGAUCUCAAUCACGUUCUUUCGACUGUUCCGAGUGAUGAGGCUGGUGAAGCUCUUGUCUCGGGGAGAGGGCAUUCGGACGCUACUCUGGACCUUCAUUAAAUCCUUUCAGGCUCUUCCCUAUGUUGCUUUGCUGAUCGUAAUGCUGUUCUUCAUCUAUGCUGUCAUUGGGAUGCAGAUGUUUGGUAAGAUUGGCCUGAGGGACAACAGCCAGAUCAACCGAAACAACAACUUUCAGACGUUUCCUCAGGCUGUUCUGCUGCUCUUCAGGUGUGCAACAGGGGAGGCAUGGCAAGAAAUCAUGCUGGCCUGUUCUCCGAACCGCCCUUGUGAGAAGGGGUCAGAGGUCAGCCAUACCAGUGAAGACUGUGGCAGCCACUUUGCUAUCAUCUACUUUGUUAGCUUUUAUAUGCUUUGCGCCUUCCUGAUCAUUAACCUCUUUGUGGCUGUCAUUAUGGACAACUUUGACUAUUUAACACGUGAUUGGUCAAUAUUGGGGCCGCAUCAUCUGGAUGAGUUCAAGAGGAUAUGGGCGGAAUACGAUCCUGAGGCCAAGGGUCGGAUAAAGCACCUGGAUGUGGUGACGUUACUGCGCAGGAUUCAGCCUCCCCUUGGAUUUGGAAAGCUAUGUCCACAUAGAGUGGCGUGCAAGAGGCUUGUGUCCAUGAACAUGCCUCUCAAUAGCGACGGAACUGUGAUGUUCAAUGCAACUCUCUUUGCCCUAGUACGGACGGCUCUACGUAUCAAAACUGAUGGUAACCUGGAACAAGCGAAUGAGGAACUCAGGGCCAUCGUGAAGAAGAUCUGGAAGAGGACAAGCAUGAAGCUGCUGGAUCAAGUUGUUCCCCCUGCUGGAGACGAUGAAGUAACAGUGGGGAAGUUCUAUGCCACAUUCCUGAUUCAGGAAUACUUCAGGAAAUUUAAGAAGCGCAAGGAACAGGGCCUGGUCGCCAAAAUUCCCCCAAAGACUGCUCUUUCACUGCAGGCUGGCCUGCGUACACUGCAUGAUAUGGGUCCUGAGAUCAGAAGAGCGAUAUCAGGAGACCUGACCGUGGAGGAGGAGUUAGAGAGAGCCAUGAAAGAAACUGUGUGUACUGCUUCUGAGGAUGAUAUCUUCAGGGUAAAGCGGUCUGGCGGCCUCUUCGGUAACCACGUCAACUACUACCACCAGAGUGAUGGCCACGCCUCCUUCCCACAGUCUUUCACAACACAGCGGCCAUUGCACAUAAGUAAAUCCGGGAGUCCCGGCGAGGCUGAAUCUCCAUCUCAUCAGAAGCUCGUCGACUCCACCUUCACUCCAAGCAGUUACUCUUCCUCAGGAUCCAACGCAAACAUCAACAACGCCAACAACACAGCCAUCGGACACCGGUAUCCCAAACCUACUGUCAGCACAGUGGAUGGACACACAGGGCCUCCCCUCACCACCGUCCCACUGCCCACAUGGUGCUUUCCUAAUAAGAGGAGCUGUUUCUAUGACACUUUCAUGCGCUCUGAUUCCAGUGACAGUCGUCUCCCCAUAAUACGUCGAGAGGAAGCGUCUACAGAUGAGACGUAUGAUGAAACAUUUAUAGAUGAGAGAGAUCAGACCAUGCUCUCAAUGGACAUGCUGGAAUUUCAGGAUGAAGAGAGCAAGCAAUUGGCUCCCAUGGUGGAGGCAGAUGUAGGGGAGGAGAGGAGGCCAUGGCAGUCUCCACGGCGACGGGCCUUUCUCUGCCCCACUGCACUGGGUCGACGGUCUUCCUUUCACUUGGAGUGUCUGAGAAAGCAAAACAGACCUGAUGUUUCUCAGAAGACAGCACUACCACUGCACCUGGUACAUCAUCAGGCUCUGGCUGUGGCGGGGUUAAGUCCCUUGCUGAGACGGAGUCAUUCUCCGACACUGUUCACACGUCUGUGUUCCACACCCCCGGCGAGUCCCAGCGGCCGCGGCGGGGGAGGGCCGUGCUACCAGCCUGUUCCAUCUCUGCGGUUGGAGGGCAGCGGAUCUUACGAGAAACUCAACAGCAGCAUGCCAUCUGUGAACUGCAGCUCGUGGUACAGCGACAGUAAUGGCAACCACAGGGGGAGCGUGCAGAGGACGCAGCGACCCGUGUCCCUCACGGUUCCUCCGGUCACGCGCAGAGACUCCAUAUCCCUGGCCCACGGGAGCGCCGGCAGCCUUGUGGAGGCGGUGUUGAUAUCCGAGGGUUUGGGUCGCUAUGCACAGGAUCCCACCUUCAUCCAGGUAGCGAAGCAGGAACUAGCGGACGCCUGCGACAUGACCAUGGAGGAGAUGGAGAACGCCGCUGACAACAUUCUCAAUGCUAAUGCGCCGCCCAACGCCAACGGAAACCUGCUACCCUUCAUACAGUGCAGAGACACUGGCUCGCAGGAGUCCCGUUGCGGCCACACACUGGGCCUCUCUACCGCCACAGGCUCUGAUGAGCUGUUGGGGACGGAGUUAGAGCACUCCGAGGGGGCUGGGCAGAGGAACAGCGCUCUGAUGGAGGACGAAGAUAUGGAGUGUGUGACAAGCUUGUAGGGGGAACAGCAGCAGCACGGAGGACUUCCUGUGUCUUAGCCCAGCUCUCUCUGAGGACACUGCUGUCCUGCAGUCUGACCCGUCUGUUGCGUGUACCUACCGUAGGGGUAUAAGGCCAUUCUGCUUAGCUGAGACCGAGUUGGUUUUUAGUUCGUCCGUGUGUUUGCGAGAGCACGAGCGAGUAGGCGUGUGUACAUGUUUGUGUGCGUGUUUCUAAAAGUGCCUCACAGUUCUCACAACCUUGAUUGCAGUAAGGAAAUGAAAAACAACCCUGACCGAGCAGGGGAUUAAGGGAAAAGAUGCACUGUUGUUGCUCAAGCAGUGGGAUCUGUCCACCAGUGGGAGGACAGAGCGAGUUUGCGCUGACCUGUGUGUGGUGGUAGGACUCGACAGCCGCCUCAUCGGCGUGGACGUGUUGUGCCGAGCAGGUGGAUCUUGAGGGCCCAAAAGCCGUCAUGGUUUCAAGAGAUGCUCGGAGGGACACACUGGAGCGGCUCUCCCAUCCUCGCUCUCUCUUUCCUUUCACGGGGCUGCCCACCCAUCCAUUUGUUUAUCAAAAGAAGUGUCGUCCUCAAGCUCCCUUAUGUCAUCCGUCUCCUUUACCGCUUUCUUUUGUUCAGUUGAUGAUUUUUGCUGCUUUUUGAAUUUGAUUUCUACCCAUGAUUCUCUAGUUAAGCCUGCACAUAACUUUUUUUUUUAAUCUGUGGAAGACUCAACUCCCGAAAUUGCUCUCUUUCUUGUGUACCGUUACGGCUUUCAGGUAGCUGCUAGCUGUGUAAGGUACGGGUCAUUGCAUCAGUGGCCUUUUAUUCGAGAUCUGCUUCAGGUUUUAUUUCUUUUUUUAUUUCACAGCAUUUAGUGUUUAUAAUAUUGUUUAUCUUGGAUUGCACACAGAUGGAUGCUGUUUUUUUUUUUUCUUAAAUUAUUAAUAUUAUUAUUGAAGGCAUUUAAGAUGUUUAUGCCAGAUGCAGUGUUGUGAAUCUAAUGCCUCUUACAGACAAAAAUUAUUUAUUUAUUUAUUCCAGUCAGAGGUGAAGCGUGUUCCGCCGGGGGUUCGGUCUCUCUCACAAUGUUUAUUGGUAGCUCACAAGCUGUAAAUGAGCAGUGUCACUCGCCUGGACGCAGGUAGCACUGACACGUCUCAUGGUUCCCCUUGCUGCUGUUGGAUCGGACUCACGUUUUUCUCUGAAACUACUGAUGUUUCUUCACUGCUGAUCUCCAGAAACAUUCAGCCGACAGCUGCGAUUCUGUCACGAUCCCACCUGCUCGACACAGGAAACAGCAGAUCUUUCGGAGGGUCAGUAAAGGUGCACUUUGAAGAAAGGAAGAAGGGUGGAGUAUUCAGGGAUGUCUGGGUAGCGCAUCAUUUAAAAAAAACUCUAAUGUAGUUCACACAGGGCUAAAUAUAUGACCAUCAUUAUGAAAGUACCAACAUCAGCAGUGUCAUCGUCAUACAAUGUUAUUGAUCGCUAUCAUUAUGAUUAUUAAUAUUACUAUUAUUGUUAAGGAUAUUUUUCUGCUGGGUUUAGCACUGUUUCCAUGCAGUUCAGCAGACACACAGAGAACUACUUAUUGAUCUAUUAUGCAAAUAAGGUGUUGAAACGUUAGCAUUUUGUUGGUAAUGUGUCGACAGGAUGGAAGGCGUCCCCUAAACACACCCGCUGAUAAGAAACCUGACCAAUCCACUUCCAGGCGUCUCUCCGUUCGUGCCACACUAGACCCGGUUAGAAGUUCUGUCACCGUUUUUGCACACUACUUGAGACAAGAUGAAUUUCUCUUUCCAUACAUGAAAAGAUAAUUGACUAUUUUUGUCUAGCUGACUCUUCGCUUUCUACACCGAGCGUCCUGGCGUUUCGUUUCAGGCCUCAAACAUUCCAUUCGAUUUCCGUCUCUGGUCAAGUGCUGUUUUUGUGGGUGUGAUAGAGUUCCUGAAUGUUUACAGGAGGUCUCUGCUCUGAGGAUGAUGCAAAGCUUGUGAAAAAAAAAACAUGACAAAUGUAGCCAGAAUCCACCUGCUCUGUUCCAAAGCCGCCACCACACCCUCAUAUCUCCUCCACACACGUGCCAUAUGUCAUUGUGAGGCUGCCCCAGGCAUAUUUCGAGGCCUUGGUUGUGUACGUGUGUGAGUUUCUCCGUGUUUAGCAUAUGCAGAGUGCGGAAACAAGUGUGUUUGUGUGGUGUUCGUGUUAGUAUAUGCAGGAUGAAUGCGUGAGUGCAUGCGUAUGUGCUUGCAUACCACAAGAUAUGCAAAAACAAUGCAAUAACUUUGACUGUACAACAGUUUUCUUUCAGAACUACAGCUGUACAAAAAUCUAAGAUACAGAGAGAAAUAUAUUCACUGUUGUGUAUUAAGUUACAGAACUUUAAAUCGAAGAAACCUGUCAUACUUGAAAUCGGGUGCAUUUGAGUAUUGAGUAUUUUGAAAAUCUUGUGCGGGUCAGUUUGGUUUGAUGUUUUUCUUCUGUUGGUUUCAAUUAUCUCUGCAUGAGGAUUAUUUUGGUGUGCCAAGCGUUUUGAGUAUUUUUUUGUUGUUUUCAUUUUAAACAUUGAGGAAACACUGAUGACGAGGAGUGAAGGUGUAAAUACAGACGAAGAAGAGAAGUGUCUCGUUGGUGUGAAAAUGAUUUUGCAUAUCUUGUGCUCAGCUGAAAGGUGCAUGAUACGCAAGAGCAGCUCUCUCUCUUUCACUCUCGCUUUUUUCACUUUUAUCUUUUCAUUCACUCACCCUCCUUGUCCUUUCUUCAGCAGACAUCACAGUGAAGGCGUUUUAUUACGGCACCCGCAUGCCGGUGAAUGGGCUCACUCUAAAUGGUUGGUCAUGCACAUAAAUUCUCACUAUUAGUUGAGCCUGCAAGCGGAAACAUUAGAAAUCCCCUUUCAUUUCUCAAGUCUCAUAGACAAUCCACGUUCAGCGAGGAGAUUUAGGUUGGAUAUAAUGGAUUUGGAUGCUAAGCUUGAAUUUUUCUUUCUCAUGUUUGGUUGCGUUUGCAUGGAGUCUUAAGAAUCAACCUAGCAGACGGAGUCCUCCUCUCCCAUCAUUAGCCAAUGAUUGUAUAUUUUUAUAGACUUAGAAAAGAAUUAACACUAGAAAAGAGACAAUAUAAACUCAUCUAUAUCUGCUGAAUGUCAGGGUUAAAAUGGCUACACACAACCGUGUUUGAGAAUGUAUGUAGUGAUUAUGUAUAGAUAGAAAUUAAAUUUAUGAUAGAGAAAUAUAGAGUAAAUCAUUCGUAUUCACCGCAGUAGCUCCUUUGAAACUCCAGUCAAAUGGCCUGUUAUUAAGCAGGAUGGUUGGGUGUUUUUGCUGAGGGAGGAGUGCAAUGAGAUUAAUCAUGAGAUUUCAAAUCCGAGGGCUUUUUCACAGCUGCUUUAUUCAGAUCAACACAUCACGUUCCCCUCCGAGCACCUGCACAUGAUAGAACAGUGUGGAAAAGCCACAAGCUGUCAUGACACAAAAGCAGCCCCUGUGUUGAAUGAUACCGCUGAUGAAUGAACACAGAGAGCUGUCUGCUCAGGCCUUGGGGAAAUGUACCAAAUAUUUGACUGAAUAUUUUAUUAGUUGCUCAGUGAGGUUUUUGCCCAAAUGGUUGUAAUGUAGCUUUUCUUCUCUCAGAGAAUCAGAAGUUAUUUUAUAUAUUUUAAUAUGAGAAAUAUUUAUCAGAUGGAAGUUUAGAUAUUUCGCACUGGUUGGAGGGAACGGCCAAAGUCGGUGACAUUUCAGCAGGGGAAGCGUAGGUCGCUCUCCUGAUGGACUCUGAUUGGUUGUGGCUUAUAUUUCGGUUUGCCAUCUGUAGCAGUAGAGCGCACACACUCAAGUUUCCCUAAUAAAAAAGGAUAUAUUGAAAAAAAAUUUUUUUUAAUUAGAAUGUAUGGAAAAAAACAACAACCAUUGGUUGUCAAACUAUCCAUAGCAAUUGAGCAGCAUUGUUAUAACUGUUCAUGUUCAUAACACAUUACAGUAAACCGCAGUAGGACUGGUUAUUUUUUUAUCUUUAGGGUGUUUUUGUUUCAUUUGGAUAAACCCAGUAAUGCACAAAGACAAAAUGUUAGUGGAUUUAUCGGUCAGGCCGUCUGGAGUUUCUGGGUUCAUGUGUGUUAAUUUGCUAAUUCUGCAUGUGUCAGACUGAAGGAACGUGCCGUGGGGUUGACCUUCGACCCAGAGAAAGCCUGGACAGCUGCAAUGUCUGCCCUCUGGUUUAACCUUUGUGUAGCACGUAUCUCUAAUGUCCUCCUUUAUAUGACUGUUAAUUUGAUAUUAUAAGUUAAUGUAGUGUGUUAAUGAGUUUUAAUGAUAAACUAAAAGCUAAGGUGGUGAUGCAAUAAUCACAAUUUGCACAUUUAAACCACGUUUAGUUUGACACAUUGUACACAUAAUCCAAGUGAAGGAUGAAUUUAUGCAUAGAUUUUAGCUGUCGUGUAAAUAUUAAUUUCGCCCUAAGCUCAAAACGUCAAUCUUGCCAUAGUUUCAUUUCAACAGGUGGGACGAUAAUUAAUGCAGAUCGUUUCAGGCCAUCUCCUGCAGUAGGUGAGACGGGUCUUCAGUGUUUUUUAGUGCACUGAUUCCAUUUGAAACCCGAAAUCGUGGGUAGGUUAGGGCCAAAUGAAUGCAGAACAAUUUAUAUGAACCAAUCCAAGGUUUUUAAGUGGCAUUUCCCCACCUCUAGUUCCACCCAGCGAAUGUAGCACUAGAGACAGAAAGAAAUGAUGAUAGGAACAGUAACGAUUAUGAUGAGGAGCUCAAAUAGUUAAUAUUGCACAAAUCUCCAUGUAUGAGUGAACAUAUUUUAACAGCUUAUUCUUUAUCACAGCUUUCUUUCUGCAGAGAUGGACGUGAUGCUCUCUUUGAUCGUGUCAAGCUCUGGGCUUGAUUCGUUGGGUCUCUUUCUAUAAUGGGUGGGAGAACUGAGCGAGUUGAUUCCCUGACGCUCACUCAUAUACACUGUCCCACAAUUCUUUCUGUUGGCUGAAAGGCGAAUCUGCGUUCCAGGGGUGAUUCGGUUGUCAUUUAACCACUCAAGUCCAUCAGACUCACAAAGGGAGAAAUCUUUGAGUGGAUCGUCUCAGUCGCUUUAUUUCGGUGACCACACAAGCAGCUUCUGUAGUUUUGAUUGACGGUGCGGACGGGAAGUGUAGUCUCAAGGUCCUGAGCUGUUUGUUAGAUUUACGAGCUGAAUUAAAAUUAGAUGCGUGUCGUGCUUUUGGUAGAAAUCGAAGGAAUCAGUGCUGACCAUUCAGGUCUCUCACGAAACACCGUCAGAGGUCAUUCAUAUUUUGGACUAUUUAAUCGAGUUUAGACCCCAGGUGUUAUUGAUAAGUCUGUGAGACGUCUGCAUGGUCUGUCAUUCCCUCCUCUACUUUUGCUGACUCUUUUGUUUCAUUUCAUCAUUCUUUCAUUUGUUCAUUUAGAUUUUAAAAAGAAUACGCUACGUAAAUCUGAAGAUUCAAUCACUUUUUCUACUCCUAUUUUCAAAAAAAAAGUGAAAAGAAAAAACAGACAAAAAAUUGGAUUUGUAAAUAAGUGAUUGUACAGUUUGUAUCUGUAUCUGUCAGUCUGUCUUUGGUGACAGAGUGUGUCUUGCUUAUAACGCACGCUACCAGUAAAUAAAAACUAAAAAAUAUCUUUAGAUUGUAUGGUUCUUGACAGGAAGUUUUAAAUUAAUCUCUGCUGUAUAUUCCUGUAAUAUUGCAUUUUUAUCUGAGGAAUGAUGUUAUUAAACAAUUGCAAAUAAAGUGAAUUUCCUAA